UCUCUCUCUCUCUAAAAGGCUGUGCAGUACACAACCAGAAUUUUACAAGAAUGUGAAACCUCUCUCUCUCGUCUCCAUUGUUACUACUCUCUGUGCAAGUCUUGUGCGGCUCCUUUAAUGACACGACAACUUCUCUCCGCCUUAGUCCUUCUCCUCCUUGUCCUCUCCGCCUAUGCCCACGGUGGUCACCACCACGAUGACGACGACUCCGGCGUUUCAACCGACGAGUCCCCAUCGAAACCAGACCUGAGAUCGAAAUCCCUUAUUCUCGUGAAGAUAAGGUGUUUGAUUCUAGUGUUCUUCGCCACUUUCGUGGGUGGUAUUUCCCCUUAUUUCAUGAAGUGGAACCAAGGGUUCCUCGUGGUAGGUACGCAGUUUGCUGGUGGCGUGUUCUUAGGGACGGCUUUGAUGCAUUUCCUCAGUGACUCCGAUGCAACUUUUAUGGAUCUAGCUCCUACUAAGGAUUACCCCUUCGCUUACAUGUUGUCCUGCGUCGGCUAUUUGCUUACCAUGCUCGCCGAUUGCGUCAUUUGUCAUGCUUAUAGCAAACAGGGGAGCCCCGGUCGUGGUGAUGUUGAGCUCCAAGGGGUUGUUCAGUCCCGAAAAAAUAGCUUUAAUGGCGGGGCCUCACGGAUUCAGGCCCAAGUAAAUGAGGCCCCCGAUGCCCAAUCGAUGAAAGCACCAGGGAUUUCCACGGCCAGCUCGGUAGGGGACAGCAUAUUAUUGAUAGUGGCAUUGUGCUUCCAUUCGGUGUUCGAAGGUAUAGCCAUCGGAGUUGCAGAGACCACCGGAGAUGCCUGGAGAGCACUCUGGACUGUUUCCCUUCACAAGGUGUUCGCAGCUAUUGCCAUGGGAAUAGCUCUGCUCCGGAUGAUCCCUGAUCGCCCUCUCCUUUCCUGUGCGACAUACGCCUUCGCAUUCGCCAUAUCCAGCCCAGUCGGUGUAGCCAUUGGUAUCGUCAUUGAUGCCACCACUCAGGGCGUGGUGGCUGAUUGGAUCUAUGCCAUCUCCAUGGGAUUCGCCUGCGGUGUCUUCAUCUACGUUUCAGUUAACCAUCUUCUCUCCAAGGGUUACUCCCCUCCGACUCCGGUUCCAAUGGACACCCCUCAUGCGAGGUUCCUCGCCGUGCUAUUUGGUGUCGGGGUGAUUGCUGUUGUCAUGAUCUGGGACUCAUGAAGACCCAAAAUCCCUUGAAAUCAAGGGCCCGUUUGAUAAUGUUUUUGUCGUUUCUGUUUCAAGAAAUGACAGAAACAUAAAUUUUCGUUUCUAGAAAUAAAAACGAAAUUGAAAGUGUUUGAUAAGUCAUGUUUUUAAAAA